AUGGCAACCCAACAGAAUGGCAGUACAAUAACGGCAAGAAAAAAUGCGUAUGUCACAUUACUAACACGCCCUUCCUACCUCGCUGGUGCAAUCCUCCUCGCCUAUACACUACACAAGCACUCCCCGGACACACCACUCAUCAUCACCUAUACGCCCGACACUCUGCCCGAAACCUCAGUCAACGCCUUCAAACGCGAAGCCGCCCACUCAAACAUAGUACUCUACCCCGUGUCUCAUCUCCGCCUUCCAGAAGAUGGGACAGAAUCCGGCAUGGUCGCCGAGCGCUUCAUCGACACAUGGGCCAAACUCCGGGUCCUAGACUUGCACGAGAUGGAGCAGAAGUUUGAGAGAAUUUGUUGGCUAGAUGCUGAUAUGAUGAUUUUUUCUGAUCCGAGUCCGCUUGUGUUUAGUGAGGCGAAUGAUGAGUAUCUCAAGGGUGGGGAUGGCAUGCGGGUCAUGGCGGUACAUACUUGUGUGUGCAACCUCGAUCAUGACUCCUGGGCUCCUGACGACUGGAAACCAGAGAACUGUGCAAUGACGAGACCCACAGCGCCCGACCAACUUGCCACGGUAGCGCCACAGCCAGCGACCCUCGGCAACUUCAACAGUGGAACUUUCGUGUACCGUCCCUCUGCCGCCCUCUCGCGGUUCGUAAAAGCCAAAUUCGAGGAACUGGGCAACAAAAAGCUCCGAGCGAUGAAGUUCCCAGAUCAGGACUUCCUAAACGAAGCCUUUGAUGGACGCUGGAGCAGUCUGAGCUGGAAAACCAACGCGCUGAAGACAUGGCGGUAUUGGCAUACUAAUAUCUGGCGCGACGACCAGGUCGCAGUACUCCACUACAUUGUCGACAAGCCGUGGGCGGCGCGCGUCAGCGAGGAUGGCACAGCGGGGUAUCUGGGGAAAGACGGGGAAACGCACAAGUGGUGGUGGGACGAAUAUGCAAGGUGGGAGGCAGAAAGAAGGCAGCAGGGAGAGACGGUCUUGCUGGAAACAUUGGGCAUGUAUGUGGCGGGUGGACGAGGCGAGAAGGAAAUGCAAGCAAUUGGCGGCGGAGCACAGGAUUUUGCAAAGAAGUGGCCUGCUAAGUCGCCUGAGACUCAGCAUGGGACGCAAGAAGCAAGAGGAGAAGGAGCAAAGGAACCGAGUGAAGAUCCAUUGAAUUCAAGAUAUCACGGCCCAGUGUUGAGGAAGAAGAUGUUGGGCGAGAGGGGCCACGGAGCAGUCGUCAAUGGCCGGUGA